AUGGUAACAAUUGGAUCUACAAUGCAAUAUGACCAACUACGAAACAAUCUCAGAGACACAUCUGAUUUAUACAAGCGUCCCCCCUUGCCUAAAACCCAGGAUUCGUCCAACUACCGUCUCAGAUACGCCUACAAAGACGACAACUACCAAUAUAAAACCUUCAACGAACCCUACAGACAUGCAAGAGACUCUGCAGAAAUGUCGAGGACCGAAAUCGAGAGACUGAAUUCAAUGUUGAAAACGGAAAGGACAAAAAACGACGAACUCAAAACGGAAAAUGAAAAACUAAAACGUGAUCUCGCACAAUGUCAAAACGAGUUAUCGCGGUUGAAAGAGUCGAGUCAUGACGACAAAUAUUAUUCUCAGCCUUAUUUAUUUUCGAAUGACAAGACCUACAGUCGUUAUGACUUAGGAUAUGCCGAAAAUAUUAAAAAUCAAAAAACAGACAAUUCCAGUCAGAAAAGAAGACUGAUGACUCCUCGCACUAUAACGGACUUGAAACUUGGAGAUAUCGUCAAGUUUGAACGACAAGACGGGAAGUUUGCCUGUGGAACAGUACGCUCAGUUUUUGGGAUUGUUUUCACAGCAAUGCAAGCCAUUGCCUAUGUCCUCACUGGAAUGUACGGAAACCCCGGAGAUAUUGGAUUUGGAGUGUGUGCUCUUAUAGUCCUCCAGUUGGUCAUGUCGGGGUUUUUUCUCACGUUGGUGGACGACCUUUUGCAGAAGGGAUACGGACUUGGGUCGGCGAUCUCGCUCUUUAUAGCCGCAAAUAUCUGCGAGACCAUAAUUUGGCAUGGUCUCAGUAUUACUACUCUAAAUACUGGAAAGGGUCAGAAUGUAUAAUAUAGUGCAGGGACGGAAUAUGAGGGGGCUUUGGUCGCAAUGGUCCACCUCCUUCUUACACGGACCAACAAAAUGAGGGCUCUCCGGGAAGCACUUUUUAGAUCAAAUCUUCCAAACGUGUCAAGUCUGUUGGCCACAGUUGUCGUUUUUUUAAUCGUGAUUUAUUUCCAGGUAUUAAAAUGUGUCGAUUUGUAGGGAUUUCGUAUUAAUUUGAUAUUGCAUUCCCGACGAUAUAGAGGGAACUGUGGAUCAUAUCCAAUAAAGUUGUUCUACACAUCCAAUAUGCCUGUGAUUCUCCAAAGUGCUCUUGUUUCCAAUUUGUUUAUGAUUUCUCAAUUAUUUUCCCGAACAGUCGACAAUUUCUUUACUCGACUGAUCGGGCAAUGGAUGGUUAAUUUAAUUUGUUUGAGGUUAGGUUGA